UCUGGUAACUGGAGCUGUACAGACCCAGAGCCCUAUCUGAUCUUUGGCCAGGGGAGCACCAUCCUGCAGAUGAACCUGGAUGGAAGGGAGCAGAGGAGAGUCGUGUUAGGGGUGGGACCCUCACUGCUUUUGGACUAUCACUUAGCUGAAGAGAGAGUUUACUGGGCAGAGCAAAGCACAGGGGUUAUCAGCAGGGCAAGACUAGACGGAACCCUGAGACAGAGGCUUCUCUCGUCAGGUAAAGGAAUCUCUGGGCUAGCCGUGGACUGGGUGGCCAGUGCUGUGUUCUGGAGCAGUCUGCCCACGGGGACCAUACACAGAAUGGACAUGGAUGGGAAGAACCAGAGGGUUUUCCUUAGGCAUCUCACCCAGCCUAGCAACAUGGUUAUCGACCCGAACGAAAGGUUUCUCUUCUGGUUGUCAGGUGGUGUAACCCAAAGCAUCCAGCGUUUUGAUGUUGGCAGUGAGAAGGGUGCAGCGGUUCUGAAGGUUCCGGACAGGUUGAAAGCCUUGUCCAUUGACCACAGAGACAAGAGGCUGUUCUGGCUUCAGCGCAGCAGAGGCAAACUCCCAGCCCUGGGCUCCUGUGAUUACAACGGAAACGUCAUUAACAUCAUCAGUCAGUCCCUACGGUCACAGUUUCUGAAGAUGUCUGUGUUCCUGGACUUCGUGUACCUGACAGACCCAGUGUCAAAAAGCAUCAUACGGUUAAACAAAUACACGGGUCGUCAGGCGGAGAACGUCAACUCCAAACGAAUGCUGUACCCACCCGUUGACCUCAAAGUGGUACAUUCCCUCAACCAGCCAGUGACAGAGCAUAUUCUCUUUACUGCCCCAGGAUGUGAUCCACAGACCGGGAAGUGUGUGAAUGUCUGUUCCAGUCACAGAGACCGAGGUUUCUGUCACUGCAGAGACGGCUUCACCCUCAGCAAGGAUGGGCAGUACUGUGAAGACGUGAAUGAGUGUGCCCUGUGGAACCAUGGCUGUUCCCUGGGCUGUGAGAAUGUUCCAGGUUCCUACUUCUGCACCUGCCCCUAUGGUUACCUGCUGCUCCCUGACACCAAGACCUGCUCAGAGGCGGAGCCAUGUGUGGACAAAGCUACACUGUGUGAACAUGAGUGUGUCCGUACAUUGGGAGAAGACCUGUGCCUUUGUCCUGAGGGAUCUGUGCUACAACCAGAUGGACACUCUUGCUCAGGCUGCUCAUCAGCUGAUAAUGGUGGGUGCAGUCAGCUGUGUGUUCCACUCACGCCAGGUAAAUGGGAGUGUGAGUGUCAUCCUGGGUACCAGUUACAGUCAGAUGGCAAACACUGCACAGCAACAGGACCAGCGCCAUACCUGCUGUUUGCAAACAUGGUUGAUAUCAGACAGAUGACUAUGGAUGGGACCACAUCCAGUAGACUAAUAGAAGUGUCCAAAGGUGCGGCUAUGGCGUUGGAUUAUGAUCCUGUGCAGAGCAGGGUGUACUUUGCCAGUAGUACGCUGAGGCAGAUUGAAAGAGCAGCACUGGAUGGAGGUAACAGAGAGGUUCUUCUCUCCACUGAACUGGACUCCCCUCAGGGACUGGCCUUAGACUGGAUCAACCGCAGAUUAUACUGGACUGACAGAGGAUUAUCCACUAUUUCCUGUUGCAAUCUGAAUGGGCUAAACAGGAAGAUCCUCAUACAGAAAGAUGUCCACAAACCACGAGGCAUAGCUGUCCACCCACAGGCCAAGAAGCUGUUCUGGACAGACGCGGGCAGUCAUCCUGUGGUUGAGCGGUCUGGUCUGGAUGGAGAGGACCGUUUGGUUGUGGUCAGUGCCGGACUGGUCUCUCCCAGCGGUCUGGCCGUUGACCACAGUGCGGAGCGGUUGUACUGGUGUGACUCAGGCCAAGGUCUGGUUGAAUCUGCGAGGCUUGAUGGAACUGACCGACGAACCCUGACAGAGAACCAAGUAGGUCAUCCGUUGGGUGUCGCUGUGUUUGAGGACUUUCUCUGGGUGAGUGACUGGGAAGGUCAUGUGAUCUACCGUCUGGACAAGCGAACUGGUCACAACUCUGAGCGUCUCCAUGCCGACGCCAUGCAGCCAGCCGGACUUGUUAUAGUUCACCCUCUCUCAAAGCCAGGGGCAGAUUUCUGUCUUCAUCAGAAUGGGGGUUGUGCUCAGGUGUGUGAGCGUGAGCUGGGAUUCGCACACUGCUCCUGUCAUUCAAAAUUCAUCCAGUCAGCCGACGGCAAAGGGUGCCUGCCGAUAAACGCAUCCUUCACGGGCAAUUAUGAUGAUGAUGACGAUGACGAGUCCAGUGAUAAUUUGUCACUGAAAAACUCGACGCUGAAUGAUGAGAGUCGACCGCUGGGUGUGCCGACACUGCCCUCAGACAGUGACCAGGAACGAGAUGAUGGUCAAACACUCUUCACAGAGAAGAUGGUAUCAGAUCAGGAUGACUGUUACUCUGUAAGGUGUGAUGUGAAUGCUGUGUGUGUACUCAAAGAGGGCAGUGCUGUCUGUCAGUGUUUGGAAGGUUUCACUGGGAAUGGACAACUGUGUGUGGAUGAGUGUGCACUGGACUUGCACAGCUGUGAUGUACAUGCAGAGUGCCUGAACAUGCUGGGUCAGUACCAGUGUAAAUGUACCACUGGCUACACUGGAUCAGGAUUCAGCUGUGACAUAGAGGAUAAGGAUGCUUCCUCUUUGAUGAGUACCAGUAGUCCUUCAGAUGUGACAUCGCCAUGGCAACACUCAAACAUUGUGGUGUCCUGCCCCUCCACACAUGACUCCUACUGUAUGUAUGAUGGCGUCUGCUUCUACUUCCCUGAGAUGGAGUCCUACGCCUGCAACUGUGUGUCAGGCUACAUGGGGGAGCGGUGUCAGUUCAGUGACCUGGAAUGGUGGGAGUUACAGCAGGCUGAGGAGGAGAAGAGGAGAAACAUGGUCAUUGCUGUCUGUAUGGUGCUCCUUGUCGCCCUGCUCCCCGUUGCUGCCUGUGUCACCUAUUGCUACAGGUCUAGGAAAUUUUUCCAGAAACAUCCAAAUGCAGAUAACAUGAGUGAGACGAGCAUGACUGAGGACAGUACAACAGACACAACAUCUGCUGCAACCCCACAGUUCUAUGUGGUGCUGGAGCGUGGGGUUUGUGCUGAUGGGAAGGUCCUGCAUGUUGUGGGAUGUCAGAGAAGAAUAGUGUGUCCUUCCUGCUCCUCAGAAACAGUGCUAGAGGCCAACUGUCUGUACUUCCAUACGUACCCCAUCUCUAAUGGAUGCAUCACUCAAAACUCUACAGCAGAGAGUGCGGUGUCAGAAGAGACCACGACUUCACCCAAAGACAACCACUGCUUUGAGUCAGGUGUGGGUCAAGCUAACAACUAUGCCAACAAACCUGGAGUUCAUCUCAAGGUCACUGACAACCUCAUAUUCCUCGAUGAUCCACAACCUCCUUCACCAGAAUUAAUCUGA